AUGGAGACGUACGGGCGUAUUGUGGCUCCUUACAACUGGUACAUCUACGAGUACUGGUUCUCUCUUCUAUGGCUCUCCGGUAACAACACUCGAAGAAAGGCGAAGCAGCCCGCCGUCGAUACGGGAGGUCAAUUUGGGAGUUCUGGAAGCUCUUGGUGUAAGAUUGUGGCCCACCCGAGGCAGACCCAGACGGUGAUCGGGGUAUUCUCUCGAAGUCUCAAAUCCCCCCCCGAAUGGAAGAAUAAUACACGAUCGACAACCCUCCGCACCGCCUCUCCCGCCACUACCUCCAUAUCCAUGUAUCGAACUGCGGCAAGACCGGCGCCGUUGGAUUUUCCUCUCCCUUCCGCACCCUCCACCUACCAAAUCGACCGGAGGAAAUCUACUGGGUUGCCCUACACCCUCCCAAAUCCUAACCCCUUCUACCUCGAGGCAUCGAGUAGGGACGGGCUUCGAACACCUCCCUCCGAAGACAUGGCCACCGUGUACCAGAACCCUACGUGCGGCAAUGGCUACGGGGCCGGUCGAAACGAGUACCUUCCGGUGGAGGCUCCUCCAAGCAACUACGGGGGAUCGUACAACAAUGGAGCCAGCAGACACUCUAGGCAAUACGUUUCAAUAGCACAACCGCCUCCAGCUUCUGCCUCGACGUUGCGGAGAGAAGUCCAAGGAUCUCAGCCUAUUAACUCUCAACCGCCAAGCCCGCAACCAACCCAGCGGACGAGUUACAUCACACACGAAGAGCCCCGUCGAAAGAGUGCGAGUGAGGUGACCAGGCCAAAUCUGCAGAUCCCGAAGACGAUCAGCGAUGACGGCGGAAGUCUGGCCGAGUUUGCCGCGCAGAUUACGUGCCUGUUUUGGUUUGAAGCCACCGAGACUCUGAAGCUGGCUGAGAAGCCUCUAUCGCCGUCGACCACCGUCAAGAGGUUGGAGAGAGAAGCUCUGCCGUCCAGCGGAUUUCGAAGAUGGGUCGCGACGAUCUUGUCCACAACACAGGUCACCGAUAAUGUCAUCCUCCUGGCCUUGCUAUUCAUCUAUCGCCUGAAGACGAGCAACCCGGCGGUCAAGGGAAACAGCGGGAGCGAGUACAGAUUGCUGACGGUGGCGUUGAUGCUGGGAAACAAAUUCCUGGAUGACAACACGUACACCAACAAGACCUGGGCUGAGGUUUCGGGAAUAUCGGUCGGGGAAAUCCACGUGAUGGAAGUCGAGUUCUUGAGCAACAUGCGUUACAGCCUUUUGGCAUCCACGGAGCAGUGGGCGGAAUGGCAGGGGAAGCUGAGAAAUAUUCGCAAUUACUGCACCAAAGCAGCAGAGCCGCCGGUUCUGGUCUCGCCGCCAGGGAUGUCGUCUCUGCGCCCGAACUUCCCAUCGCCCCCCUUGUCCCAAGGCUCUCCUCCCACGCACUCCUACAUCCCUCCAGCGGCACCUUUCGGGAAUGGACAGCAGUGGCCUGCUGGCAAAGCUCUACCACCAAUCUCGUCACCCCUCUCGAACCGUCCUGAUCUGGAACACCGAGGGCACUCUCGGAAGCGGACUUCUGACAGAGAGGCAGAGGAGCCGGUGGCGAAGCGGAUCACGAGACCACAUGUCAUCUCCGGACAGUACAACCCGACUGGCAAUCCUGCUGCCCAGUCUAUCCCUUCAUUGAGAUCAGAGGCUCGUCGAUUGCCUGUGCCGGACCUGACCAUUUCCACCAGCCAGCCGAUGAGCAGUGGAUACAGCGCGCCCGCCACAUUGGCUCCCGUCCUACCCCCGUUGGCUGGCCGAGGGGUGUCCAGUGGUUACCCAACGACACCGUCCUCUUGGGCACCGCCCAUCCCCAUGCUCACACCCACCGGACCAAACCAGUCAAAUGGAUAUUCAACGCCUUCUCGGCGACACAGUCCUCAUUCUGUCCAGGACCUCUUGUCCCAUGGUUCAUCCCCAGUCUCCGCAACUUACCAGGACCAACACGCGAAGCACUUUUCGCCCUCAUUUUUCCUGCAACAACGCACGUCGCCGUACAGGCCUGUCCGAUACGUCAACACGCUUCUCCACCCGCCCCCAUCUGCGUCGAUGCACAACUACCCGAUCAACACCGAUCAGAUGAUUUACCAGCCUUUGGGCAAGAGAAACGACAACCGCGUGGGGAUCGUACCCGAGUACAACCACACCCCCUACCAACAGCAGUGGCCGGCUAUCCGUCAACCCAACUUCCACGCCUGA